AUGAUCCCCAAGGAGCAGAAGGAGCCAGUGAUGGCUGUCAUGGGGGACCUUGCUGGACCAGUCCCUUUGCUGGACCUGGGGAAGAAGCUGAGCGUGCCCCAGGACCUGAUGAUAGAGGAGCUGUCGCUUCGCAACAACCCAGGAUCCCUCCUCUUCCAGAAGAGGCAGCGCCGGGUGCAAAGGUUCACCUUCGAGCUUGAGGAGAGUCAGCGGGCGAUCCUGGCCGGAAGCGCCAAGAGGAGAGUAACUGGAACUGCGGAGGCGGGAAUGGUGAGCGUUGCCAAUGGCCCCGAGGGGCCGAACUACCGCUCCGAGCUCCACGUCUUCCCGGCUUCGCCCGGGGGUCCCGAGGACUCCCACCCAGCAGCGGCGUCGGCCCAUAGCCCAAGCGCUCUGGCGCCAGGCUACGCGGAGCCCCUGAAAGGCGUGCCGCCUGAGAAGUUCAACCACACCGCCAUCCCCAAGGGCUACCGCUGCCCGUGGCAGGAGUUCAUCAGCUACCGGGACUACCUGAGCGAUGGCCCAAGUUACACCCCCAGCCUGAGAGACUAUCGGAAUUUCAACAAGACCCCAGUGCCAUUUGGAGGACCCCUCAUGGGGGAGACCAUUCCCAGGGCAGGCACCCCUUUUGUCUCGGAGCCCUUCAGUGGCUUGGAACUCCUCCGCCUCAGACCCAGCUUCAACAGGGUGGCUCAGGGCUGGGUCCGCAACCUCCCAGAAUCCGAGGAGCUGUAG